CGGUGAAUCGCGCGCGCACCCGCACACCGGCUGCCAUUGUGAUAUAUAUUUCUAUAAAAUAAAGAUCAUGGCGCCAAACACAAAAGUCCAGCCCUCAAGCAUGCCGCCUGGAGAAGAAGAAUACGAGAAGCUGGUGGCUCCUCAAGCGGCCGACAGGAAGUAUGAGAUAGUCUACACAAACAUCAUUACUUUCACCUACUGGCACCUCGCUGGACUGUACGGGCUUUAUUUAUGCUUCACAACAGCGAAAGCGGCCACUAUUAUCAUGUCCUGGCUGAUAUUCGUGUCAGCAGCGAUCGGCGUGACGGCGGGCGCGCACCGGCUGUGGGCGCAUCGCACGUACAAAGCGAAACUGCCGCUGCAGAUCUUGCUGAUGGUGUUCAACACGUUCGCAUUCCAAAACACCGCCAUCAACUGGGUGCGCGACCACCGCCUGCACCACAAGUUCAGCGACACCGACGCCGACCCGCACAACGCGACCAGGGGCUUCUUCUACUCGCACGUCGGCUGGCUGCUCGUCAAGAAGCACCCGGAGGUGAAGAGGCGCGGCAAGUUGAUAGAUAUGUCCGACAUAUACAGCAACAAGGUGCUCGUAUUUCAAAAGAACUACGCGAUCCCGUUCAUAGGAAUGGUGUGUUUCAUUCUACCGACUCUGAUCCCAGUGUACUGCUGGGGCGAGUCGCUGUAUACGGCGUGGCACAUCACGAUGCUACGCUACGUGGCCAACCUCAACAUCACCUUCCUGGUGAACAGCGCCGCGCACCUCUGGGGCAAUAAACCUUACGACAAGAACAUCUUGGCUGCUCAGAACCUAUCCGUCUCCUUCGCAGCCUUCGGCGAAGGAUUCCACAACUACCACCACGUGUUCCCGUGGGACUAUAGAACAGCCGAAUUGGGAAACAACUACCUCAACCUAUCCACCAAGUUUAUAGAUUUCUUCGCGUGGCUGGGGUGGGCGUAUGAUCUGAAGGCGGUGCCCGUUGGUAUGGCCAAGAGUAGGGCCGAGCGGACGGGAGACGGGACGAACCUGUGGGGCUGGGGGGACAAAGACAUGGCGGAUGACGAGCGAGGUGGCGCUGAGAUCCUGCACGAGAAGGAUUGAACUAUAAUAUGAACGCGGACAAGACUUAGAAUAGAAGAGGUAUUGAACCAAGUCAAAACAAAUAGCCAUUGCCGUUUAUAAGUAUCUGCCUAUUUAAUUUAAUCUAUACUAUUAUAUAAAGUUGAAGAGUUUGUUUGUUUGUUUGAACGCGCUAAU